AUGCUUAGCAUUUGCACCUGUGAGAAUUUUUUCUUUGAUUCAUUUAGCCAACAAACAUUAAAGAAGUGCCCUGUUAUUAUGCCUGUUAUUACAAAAACAAGGUCUACAUCAAAUUACAGGUGUAAUCAGUGUCCAAAGGAAGCAAAGAUUGACCAGAUGAACAACUUCUUGGAACCUCUGGUAGACGAGCUGGUAGAGUUAUAUGACAGCAUAACUAUGAAAACUCCAGAGUUUCCCAAUGGUACUAGUAUCUGCACUGCUCUUAUGUUUGUUGCUUGCAACAUACCUGCUGCAAGAAAGACUGCUGGAUUUACAGGAUUUGCAAGUACAAACGCCUGUCACAUGUGCAAGCAUCAUUUCACUGUUGUUGCUGGAACAACUGUUUUGGAGAAGCAGCAUGGCACCCGUUUUUCCAAGUUGCAUCGCCUGCACUACUUUGAUCCCAUCCGAUACACGAUUGUUGAUCCCAUGCACAAUUUGUUUCUUGGGACAGCAAAGCAUAUGAUCAGUGUUUGGAAAGACCUGAGGUAUCUCCCAACUGCUGUUCUCAUCCAUAUGCAACGUCUUGCCAAUGGUAUUCUUGUUCCUCCUGGGUAUGCCGUUUUAUCAACAAAGAUUGAAUCUGGUUUCUCAUAUAUGAAGGCAGACAAGUGGCAAUCGUGGUGUCUGAUUUAUUCGUUGGUGGUACUAAAAGACGCUUUGCCUGAAGACGACUACAGAAACUGGACUCUCUUUGUAAAAGCAUGCCAAAAGUUGACCGGUCCUUCAGUCACAUAUUCAGAAAUUGACAGCGCACACCAGCUCCUUGGCAAAUUUGAAAAAGAGUGUGAGACUCUUUAUGGAGAGAGCAGCAUCACGCCAAAUAUACACUUGCAUAUGCACUUGCGUGAGUCAAUGCUUAACUUUGGUCCAGUAUACGCAUUCUGGCUGUAUAGCUUCGAUGAGGCCUUGCCCCCGACCACAUUGCCAAUCAAGUUGCAGCCUUUGACUAUGAUGAAGGAUGAUCACUAUCAGUGGUUAUUUGAAUUCUAUGUCAAGGCUUACCGGAGUACAAGUGUUUCCUUCUGUGUGGUAGGGAGAAUCCCAAUUGGUGAGAAUGUAUUUGUGAACAAUCGGGUUCAAAAGGUGAAGAAGAUUUCGUUGCUGGGGCAAGAGUACUGCAGUGGUGAAAAGAAGAAGCGCGGGUCUUUUGUGAGGAUAUUGUUUCUUGAGAGAACAAAUGACAAUGUAUCUGAAUUUCCUGGUCAAAUAGAGUAUUUAUUUACUCAUACCAUCAAGAUCGGUGGAGUCAAAAGAGUGUCAACGUUCGCAUUCAUUAAAUGGUUUCCCGCCUACCAUUCAAGUAGUCAUCAGCCAUUAGCUGAUCAAGGUCUGCAGUUGUGA